AUGGAGUGGUUCGGCCGAGCCCAUAUCAACUUCACGACCUCGCCCAAGUCCCUGGGUCUGAAGGGGAAGGACGGUAAGGAGACGGACCUGCUGGAGAUAUGCCGGGCGACGGUGCCGCCGUGCCAGCUGAACCCGCUGCUCUUCAACGGGCACGCGCAGACCAUGUGGACGGCCACCAAGUCCCACGGCCCGCCGCUCCACUACCGCCGGAAGAUCUUCGAGGCCGACCACGCCGAGUUCAACGGCAGCUUCGCCGUCGACUUCGCCGUCACCGACCCCGCCCUGAGGGACAAGGCCGACGACACCCUGCCCCCGCGGACCGCCUACUUCACCGACGACGAGCUGUCGGCUCUCGGGUCGGAUGACGAUAGGCCUAUGCUGGUUAUCCUUCACGGCUUGUCCGGGGGCUCUCACGAGGUGUAUCUCAGAUACGCUAUCGCUCCGCUGAUCGAUAGUGGGAAAUGGGAGGCCUGCGUCGUUAACUCGAGGGGUUGCGCCAAUAGUAAGAUUACCACGGGGUUAUUGUAUAACGCCCGUGCUACCUGGGAUGUCAGACAGACUAUCAAAUGGCUCUCCAAAACAUAUCCCAACCGGCCCCUAUUCGGCCUAGGCUUCUCGCUCGGAGCUUGCAUCCUUACCAACUAUCUCGGCGAGGAAGGCACCACAACCCCCCUCAAAGCCGCUGUCGUAGUAGCCAACCCCUGGGCGCUACACAUAUCGUCCAAGAUGCUACAAAGCUCGUUCAUCGGACACAACAUCUACCAGCGUGCUCUCGGCAACUCCAUGAAAGCCCUCUCGUCGCGGCACAAAGACGAGCUGGACAAGUACACGAACAUCGACACGGCGCACCUGCUCAGCCUCACGUACCUGUACGAGUUCGACCGGGCCUACCAGUGCCCGACGUGGGGGUACCCGACCGAGGAGGCCUACUACCGCGACGCCUCGAGUUCCGACGCCCUGCUCGCCGUCCGCGUGCCCCUCCUCGCUAUCAACGCCGAGGACGACCCCAUCGCCUCCCGCCUCGCCCUGCCCUACGCCGAGGCCGCCGUCAACCCGUACACCGUGCUGUGCACCACCUCGCUCGGCGGACACCUGGGCUGGUUCGAGGUGGGGGGAGGGCGGUGGCACGCCAAGCCUGUUUGCAACUUCCUCAACCGCAUGGCUUUCGAGGUCGAUCUAGACAGUAUAAACGAUAAUAACGCGCACAGAGAACGGGCUUACGGAAACCCCAAGCACGGAACCAACUUUGAUCCCACGCGGCGCAAGAUGCACGUGAAGCUAAACAAGUAG